AUGGCGGCGUCCGCGAAGCCGGGGCGCAUUGCCGAUGGCCGUGGGACGAGGCGAGCAACUACAACGAAGGCCUGCGUCGGGGUCGGCUGUCUGGCUCUGUAUGCGCGUGCUGCGCAGCAUCUCUUCCCAAAAGGUGAAGGACUUGGACUUCUCCGACCCGAGCCCUGCGCAACAUUCCCCAUGGAGCGGCUCGUCAAUCUCAGCAGCGUGGCCAGAGAUGCGGAAGCUCAGGCUUCAAAGUACACUGCAGACGACUACUUCGUGCUGGAGGCCGAGGCGGUCAUUGCCAAAGCUCUCGCACGGCUCGAGGCGCCAAAUGCGGGGACGGCAGCUCUAGAAGCGGCAAAGGAGCUGCGCAGCACGCCCGUUUUCGCCGAGGUACAGCGCGUGUCCACCCUUUACGACUCCGCGCGUGCAACGCUUCAGCCGACAAGGUUCAAGCAGGUUUGGGCGAGGCCCGAUGCAGAGUUCUACGUCCGGUCGGCGCCGGGUGCUUCGUGGUUUGAGUACAAGAUCGUGGCCCAGAUCGAUCACCCGCUUGUGAAUUGCAUGGCGCCCUUGCACGAACGAGAGCUGAUCUUGAAGUACCAGCCCGUCUUCGUGGAGCCUCACAGGGAUCUGAUUCCGCCGAAGCCGCACCAUGCCAUCGUGCGGACCCUCGCUCGGAUAUUAUCCUUCUACGUUGAGACCAUCUUUGAGCUGAUCCGCGUGUCGAACAAGGACUUCGGGUACCUGGUGGAGAUCGCACGAUCGGACUUCCCUACGGAAGGCCGCGAUUUCCAGCUGCCCCGCCGGCGAUUUUGGAGCAAAAGAAUCGAAGUAGACACGCAGAAUCUGUGGCUCCCCCGUGGGGGUAACGAGACGGGCUUGCUGAUGGUUUCCGUUUCGCGUGUCCAGGUGGGUGUGCCGAUUCCUUCCAGCGCACUGCGCUUCUUGGCGAACAGCUUCGCCAAGACCAUCCUUGUCAAUGUCAAGCGGGGAUGUGCGCUGAGUUCGGAUGAGUCCAGUCCUUGGUACAAGCGCAUACGACGAGACGUCGACGGCUUUUACGCAGAGCUUCGAGAGGUUGAGGCCGCGGCUUCGCAUCGAAGAGCCCUCUCGGUUUCGGACCUGCCGAGCGAGGAGAUCUUCGACCGGCCGUGGCAGCUGAAACAUUGA